CCCAAAGCAUAAGUGCUGGGUAAUCAUUCAUCACCCAAAACUCUUUCAAUAUUGGAAGAAAACCAAGAAGCAGAAGACCUAUUUGCAGUAGUUAAGGAAAGUGCUGGGAAACAAGAUAUAGAAGAUGGGUCAGAUCUUGAAUCAGCAAAAGAUAGCAACAGUUUUGUUGGAGAUUCUGACUAUGUUCAUGUCAGUAUAUGGGGAAGCUAAAUUUGACACAGAAGUUUCAAAGCCAGGGCUUUCUAAUGAGCCCUGUUCCUCAUUGUUGGAUUUCGGCCAGAGCAAUUCUAAGGAUAUUCAAAGUUCCUUGAACAGCACUAUGGCAACAUCAACAGUUGGUGCCGGCAAAGAUGAGUCUGCUUUUGAAGCAGGGGAGCAUGGUCUUCACCAUCAUGAAUUACAUCAGAAUCUUGAUGAGCCCAUUGUAGAAUUGGGAAGCCAUUUUGCUUACAGUUGUUCUCAAGAUGGAAUAGACAGCAUUGAACCAAAUAUGGAUAAGGAUCUUGAUGAUAUUUUAUAUUCUAAUGGGAAUAAUUCAAAUAUACGAGUUUUCUUUCAUUUAGUGACUGAUAUUGUGAAUGCAGAUGCUCAGCCCGGCACCAGAAAACCAACCAUUGAUCAAGAAUUUGAGCAGUACUUUUCCAUGCUUAUGCUGUAGCAAGAACACUUGUGCAUAAACCAUGAAAUGUGCAACUUGUAUUGGUACAUGUUUACUGUGUUGUGAUAAAUGAGACAGACUGAAGCUUCUUCCUAAACCUUGAAUGUAUAUGUGUGUUGUAUUGUGAAUUUGUGAUAAAUAAGAUUAAAGUUGAAUUGUAAGAUUAUCAUCAUUUUUCUGGUUAAUCUUUCUAGAACCACUGUAGAUUCAAAUAGAUCUUCAUGGUUUAUAGAAGUGUAAUGGA